AUGACCUUCAGCGACCAACCUCCGGAUGUUCUUCUGCAGAUCCUGUCAUAUCUCCGGUUGAGCACCCUGUCAUGUCUCUGCGCAACGUCACGCUCCUGGCACAACCUGUUUUCAGAGAAUGAGGACCUCAUCUAUCGUAAUGCCGCUCUUUUGCACGGCUUCAUCAAUACCGAAAGCGCAGUCCCAGAAAAGAGGGCUGUUUCUCAGAAGUACUCGCCGCCGAACCUCAAGGAAGGGACGACAUAUCUUGAUCUCUGCAAAACUAGAUUGCGUGUGCGAGAUGCCUGGAUAGGAGGAGCACCUUCCCAAAUCUCUAUCGGACAACCCGAUCCAGGGAACCGUGCCAACAGCGGCAUACACAGUAUCAGAGUAGAUGAACAGAGACGGUUGGUUCUGACAGCCUCGGGCACGGGAGGGGUCAACGCCAUGGACAUGGACUCGGGCAAGCUGUUGUGGUAUCUAGGAGAGGCGCACAUUAUCUCCUUUCUCGUGGACUACGUCCGGGUGUAUGCCGACAUCGAAUACUCGGAAGGAUUUCUCAUCUUCGACCGGCUUGAAGGCGGGCGUGAGGUUUGGCGCAUCCUCGAACCUCUGUCUCCCGUCAUCGAGCGUACGACACUCACCUCGAAGUCCGCUCCAGAUGAUAAGCAACUGAGCCAGUCGUUGGAAGCCCUACAGAUCGCGCGCGACCUCGCUCAUGUCGAGCCCGAAGUCGAAGAUUCGAGUCUACGUGGGUGCUUCGUUGCCUACGCCCUCAUUCGCCCGCCGGACCGCGCGACGUGCCAGCGCUUCGUAUACCCUAUACUCCUCACCAUCUCUUCUGAUAUGGUGUACUUGUGGGACGCCCCGAGCGGACGUUUGAUAGAGGUCUUGCAGGAGGUACAAGGACUCGGAGACGCUGCCACGACGCCAGAACAGUUUGAAAUUGGACACAUCCGAUACGCCGACCUGAGUCCUCGACACGUCUUCCUUGCUGGACAGAAGGGAUUGAAGGUGUUUGCUCGUACGGCAGCGAUGGAUGGUCUGGAGGGAACAUUACCGAUCUCGCGACUUGCGCACCUGCCUCACGGCUUCCUUUCCAUUUCGUCGUCCGGACGUCGUCAUGGGAAAUGGUCGUACCGUCUGAAUGGCCAGAGUGGCACUCAGCAUGAUGAUUCGGAGCUCGUUCCUUACGAAGUCGCUGUUGAAGAGAAGGAGUUCGCAAAGGAGGAGACGAGAAUCGUGGAUAAGUUCAGAGCAGUCCACGUAUCACCAUGCGGAUCCCACUUUGUGGCUCUUCUCUUUGGUUGCCGGCUCCUCAUCGUACCACACUUUGAGAGGCUCCUCGACCACUCGAACAACGAGGAGGAAAUCUACAACAACACGCUAGAGGUGGAUCUCGGCUCGCCUUUGUCGUCGGUGAGCCUUCAUCUGGCCUAUGGUGAAGGCGACGAGGGAAUCGGAAGAGUUGGCGUCGUCACGGUGUCGUACUUGUUGCUGCCACCGAGCUCCUCUUUGCUGACAAUUCUCCUUCUGCAGUCCCACGCCGUCUUCGUCCUCACCUUACCUCGAUUCACCGUCGAACCACUCAAGGACCCCCCAAAGAUCCGCGUCGCCCGCCUUAGGCGCGUCAUGGACCCCUCACUACUCCCAGCCGUCUCCUCCCUUAUCCUCUCUGACACUAGUCUUUUCCUCAACUGGUCAGGGUCCAUCGUUUCUGGCCAAUACGCGGAACAGGGGUUUCGAUUUCUAGGGCAGAAGUUCGACAAGAGCUUGAAAGAUCUCGAGAUGCUCGGAGAUCGGUGCUUCCAACGGGACCACCAAGGGGUGUUGAGUGUCUCGCCAACAGCUUCUAUGCAAAAUCGCGUGACUAUGAUGUCGAGGGUGCUAACGGUCAAUUUCUUGCCCUCGUCAUGA